AUGAAUCUUCCUUUUUUAAAACGAAAUAGCACACCACUGACAGAUAACGAAAAAUUGAUGAUAAUUAAUGUUCACAAUUACUUUAAGGGGGAUAAAUCUAUAAGGGAAAGCCUUCAGAAGCUACCAUUAUGCAAGCGGGUUGCUGAGAUAUUGGGUGUAUCUGAGGGUACAAUUGAAAGUGUUGUGUCAGAUUGGAACAGCUGUGGUAAUAAUACAUUUACACUACACAAAGUUCUUGGACGACCUAUAUUAAAACUUGAUGAAAU